UUGUCGAUAACAUGUUGAAUUUAAAAAUUGUCGUAGGUAAUUCGUAGUUUAGAAACUAUUUUACUGUUUGUAAUUAAAUUAACAACUUAAUCCAGUUUAACACAGAAAGAACAUGACCGGAAAAACUGAUCUAAAUGUUGGAGUUGCCCCAACGGUUCAACAAAUUAAUGCUGAUAGAAUUACAGAGCUUGCUGAUAAGUAUUGGGCGCCCCAUUCUAUAGAAAAUCAUGUAAAAUAUGAUCCAGAUGUUAUUGAGGAUAUUUAUAUGCAAGAUAUACGAGGAAGCAACUUCUCGAUUCGACGAAUUAUGGUUUUAGAAUUUAGUCAGUAUUUAGAAAACUAUCUUUGGCCCAAUUAUUCUCCAACAGCCUCCUAUUCACACAUGCUAUCGAUUAUUAUAAUGGUAAACGAAAAAUUUCGAGAAAGAGUUCAAGUAUGGCAGGCAUUUAGCAAAAAUAGUGAAUAUUUCCCAGACUUUUUCCAGCAAGUCCUAAAGGCAUGCUUUGAAGACGAACUUUUGAUAAAUAUAAGGGAGCAGACUGCUUUACUAGUCUUCCUCAACCACUGUUUUAAUAGCAUGGAAGAAGCAAUAUGUAGAGAUCAAGUUAAAAGGCUAGUGUCUCUUUCAAUGUGGAUUUCUUUACAACCAGGGAGGAGGGAAUAUGAAUUUAAGAAAUAUCCUAAAUGGAAGAAAUACUGGAGAGCAAUACAGAGGAAAGAUAAACCUGAACAAUUAGAAAAACUAACCUGGGAGAGGACUUUCCUUCACAAAUUAAUGUUGAAAUUUAUGGAAAUUUUGGAUUCUAUUAGUGACGAUGGCAUUUGUCCCAGUGAUAAAGUUCACUACUGCGAACGCUUUUUGGAACUUAUAACAGAUUUAGAGGCCUUGCUGCCCACCAGAAGAUUCUUCAAUACUGUUUUGGAUGAUUGCCAUUUGGUGGUUCAUUGUCAGUUGUCAGCAUUGGCGAGAAGAUCUGAGGGACACCUGUUCAAUCAGCUCUUGGAGAUGCUAAAAUUUUACUCCAGGUUUGAAAUAAGCGAUGAAUCAGGAGACCCGCUUACUGAUCGAGACAUGACACAGAUCCAUUAUUCGAAAAUAACUAGUUUACAGCAAGCAGCAUUUGCUAAAUUUCCAGAUUUGCGAAAUUUUUCACUAGCCAACGUUGCGAGUGUUGACACAAGAAAAAGUUUGGUAAAACAUUUUGGACCACUAACACGAGAAAAAUUGAAGGCUAUCGCUGUCUAUUUAAAUCUAGUACCUCCUCCUGAAUUAGAAGAAGAUUUUAAGUGGUGUAGAACAGAUGAAACAUUUUUAAGGGAACUGUUGAUUUCCCGUCAUGAAAAGAGAGCAUCCCAGUUGGAAGCUCUAAACGAAAUGCCGCUCUACCCUACAGAAGAUAUUAUUUGGGACGAAAAUAUUGUACCGACUGCCUAUUUCUCCGGUGAGGGUUGCUUAGCUCUUCCAAAGCUCAACUUGCAGUUUUUAACUUUACACGAUUAUCUUCUGAGGAAUUUUAACCUAUUUCGACUUGAAUCGACAUAUGAAAUUAGACAAGACAUUGAAGAUGCUGUCAGUAGAUUGUGUCCCUGGAAAGCUGAAGAUGGAAAUAUAUACUGGGGCGGAUGGGCUCGAAUGGCACAGCCCAUCAUCAAUUUUGCCGUCGUCGAAGUUGCCAAACCAAACAUUGGGGAAAAACGACCUAGUAGAGUUAGAGCAGAUGUUACUGUUAAUUUGGCAGUAAGACCAGAAAUAAAAGGGGAAUGGGAGAAUUUACGUAAGCACGACGUAUGCUUUUUGGUAACAGUCAAACCAACAAAUCCAAUAGGAACAAAAUAUGACUAUAAACAACCAUUUUUGUCUCAAGUUGGCUUAGAAUGUAUAAGAGGUUGUGAGGUGGAAGGAAUGUUGGACUCAAAUGGGAGAGUUAUAGAAGACGGUCCUGAACCACGACCAGUUCUACCUGGAGAUCAGAGAACUUACAGGGUAUGGUUAGAUUGCAAUCAGUACCGAGACGAUAUGAACAAUACGAAUCAAGGCAAGGAGGAUGUAUAUGAAGGUUUCAACAUACUGAUGAGACGAAAGCCAAAGGAAAAUAAUUUCAAGGCAGUUUUAGAAACAAUUCGUGAAUUAAUGAAUACAGAGUGUGUAGUUCCCGAAUGGUUACACGAUAUUAUUUUGGGAUAUGGUGACCCCAGCGCAGCCAACUACAAGAAAAUGCCAAAUCAAAUUCCCACCGUAGAUUUCAACGAUACUUUCAUCGAUAUGGACCAUUUAAGAUCAUGUUUUCCUGAUUACCAAAUUAAAGUUGUUACUGACGAUCCAAAGAAAUUAGUUCGUCCGUUUAAGCUUACAUUUGAAGAUCUUGGUAGGGAUGAAGAGGAAAAUGAAGAAGUUAAGAAAGUUAUAGCGGUCGAACCACAUGUGAUUCCCCGACGUGGACCUUACUUAUUUAAUGAACCUAAAAAAAAUAUGAUCCCCUUCACUCCAACCCAGAUCGAGGCCAUUAAAUCCGGCAUGCAGCCUGGCUUAACCCUGGUAGUCGGUCCGCCUGGUACCGGAAAGACUGAUGUAGCCGUUCAAAUAAUAUCCAAUCUCUACCACAAUUUUCCCAAUCAAAGAACCCUUAUCGUAACACAUUCGAAUCAAGCGUUGAAUCAGCUGUUCGAAAAAAUCGUUGCUUUGGAUAUAGACGAAAGACACCUGUUGCGUCUUGGUCACGGUGAAGAAGCCCUGGAGACCGAGAAAGACUUUAGCAGAUAUGGUAGAGUGAAUUAUGUUUUAGCCAAAAGACUGGAUUUGUUAAUGGAAGUUGAGAAACUGCAGAAGUCUUUGAAAGUAGAUGGUGACGUUGCUUAUACCUGUGAGACUGCUGGACAUUUUUACUUAUAUCAAGUUCUGUCAAGGUGGGAGCAUUUCUUGAGUGUUGUUAAACCUAAAUCGAAGAAGGUCUUACCUCCAAAGAUAAUAUCGGAUGAAUUUCCAUUCCACGAUUUCUUCAGUAAUGCUCCACAGCCUCUAUUUAAAAAUCAGUCCUUUGAAGAAGAUCUCGAAGUAGCCGAGAGUUGCUUUAGAUAUAUAGAUCACAUUUUUAAGGAACUGGAAGAAUUUAGAGCAUUUGAAUUGCUAAGAUCCGGUUUGGAUAGAUCGAAGUAUUUAUUGGUAAAAGAAGCAAAAAUUAUUGCGAUGACUUGUACUCACGCGGCUUUGAAAAGGAAGGAACUCGUCGAUAUUGGUUUUAAAUAUGAUAAUAUUUUAAUGGAAGAAUCCGCUCAGAUUUUGGAAAUCGAAACUUUCAUCCCACUUCUCCUCCAGAACCCACAGGACGGCUUUAACAGGCUAAAAAGAUGGAUAAUGAUCGGCGAUCACCAUCAGUUACCGCCAGUUAUUAAGAAUAUGGCCUUUCAAAAGUAUUCUAAUAUGGAACAGAGCUUGUUCACACGGCUUGUUAGAUUGGGAGUACCUACCAUUGAGCUGGACGGACAAGGUAGAGCAAGACCAAGUAUCUGCAAUCUUUACAAAUGGAGAUACAAGAAUUUGGGAAAUUUAAAACACGUGGAAAACUGGAAAGAAUAUCAACUUGCAAAUCCUGGUUUUGCAUUCGAUUUUCAACUGGUAGAUGUACAAGAUUUUAAUGGUACAGGUGAAUCAGAACCAAGUCCAUAUUUUUAUCAGAAUCUUGCUGAAGCCGAAUACUGUGUUGCCAUGUUUAUGUAUAUGCGACUAAUUGGAUAUCCUGCAAAUAAAAUUACUAUUCUUACUACAUACAAUGGACAAAAACAUUUAAUCAGAGAUGUUAUUAAUACCCGAUGCGCUAAUAAUGUACUUAUAGGCAGACCUCACAAAGUCACUACCGUUGAUAAGUACCAAGGACAACAGAAUGAUUAUAUAAUUUUAUCACUAGUUAGAACCAAAGCCGUAGGUCAUUUAAGAGAUGUGAGACGUCUUGUAGUAGCCAUGUCCCGUGCACGGUUGGGAUUAUACAUAUUUGCUAGAGUAGCUUUAUUCAGAAAUUGCUUUGAAUUGACUCCAGCUUUCGAACAGCUUACAAUGCGGUCACCAAAGCUACAUUUGAUACUAAACGAGUACUAUCCGGCAAAAAGAGUUAAUGAUAACAAACCACCUGUAAGAAAACUAAGAGUUAUUCCUGAUAUGGUGGAAAUGGCUAAUUUUGUUUAUGAUUUCUACAUCCAAAGGGUUAAACAACUUAAACAUCAUUAUAAGGAGGACGAUAAAAAUUGGAAUAAACCAGGAGAAGUACCAGCUCAAUCUCAUGAAGGUUUCGUGUCUUCACAUCCUGGCGAAGAUAGAGAUACAGAUAGUGAAGAUGAAGAUUCUGGUAAACAAGUACCGGUACCGAUUCAAGAAGAACCAAUCGAUGAUCAACCGUCGGAUCCACAAACUGUAGAAGAACCACCUACACAAGAGGUUGAAAGAAUGGAUGAUACUGAAGAACAUUCUAGAGAUGAAGAAAUGGAAGAAAGUGGCACAGUCGAUACUGGUGAAGCUGAAAACGAUGAAUAAUUAUGUAUUACAAUAUAUUUAAGUAUUAUUGUGUAAUAAAUAUUAAGAAUAAAUUUUUCAUUUUAUCAUAA